AUGUGCAGAUGGACGCCGUCCGUAGCUCAUCUCUGUCCUGAACCUGCACUUGGCACCACCGCCACCACUACCACCACCACCACCACCACCACCACCACCGCAGCCUCCACCGGGCGACCUCUCCCCUUACCCAGCGCGGCCUCCCUUUGCCUGGCAUGCUUCACCUUGCUGCUGGUCACCGCUGGCAGCGCCACAGGGGCCUGUCCUCCUGGGGUUGGACAUGAGCCCCUUCAGGUGCUGGCGGGUGGCAUCAACUGCUCAUGGACGUUGGAGAGGCACACCCGCAGUUACAAUCACCUGGAGGGCGACGUCCGGCUACGGCGACUUUACUCCGCCAACAAGUUCUUCCUCUGUAUUGACAAAACAGGCAAGGUGGACGGCACUCGGCGGAAAAACUACGCAGACAGCCUGAUGGAAAUCCGAUCCGUCAGUGUGGGAGUUGUUGCCAUCAAAUCUGUCAGCACCGGGCUGUACUUAGCUAUGUCCAAGAAAGGCACGCUCUUUGGAUCGGUGAAGUACAACCCGAGCUGCAAGUUCAAAGAGCGCAUUGAGGAGAACGGCUACAACACCUACGCCUCCCUCCGUUGGAAGCACAGCGGCAGGCAGAUGUUUGUUUCGCUGAACGGACGGGGGAAGCCGCGGCGAGGUCACAAGGCUCGACGGAGACACCCGUCCACUCAUUUCCUGCCGAUGCUGCCCUCCUAG